AUGGCCGCUACUAAUGAAUCUCUAUCUAGUGAUACGCUCAAACAACGACGUCGUGGAUCUAUCAUAUCGAGUGUUACAUUCGAUGCUGAAACUCAAAACCUUAUUGAACAAUGGGAAGCAUUAUCGAUUGAAAUGGAUUCAUUCGAACAGCAGCAUCGAAUAUACUUAACACAUUUACAAGAUCUUGAAACCCGUAAAAAAGACCAUGGCCUUGAAUUUAAUCGAAUUCAAACAAAAAUUAAUAAUUUAAAACAUUUAAUCGAUAUACAAAAAUCAUUAAAGAUUGUUCCUAUUGAUAAUCAAGAAUAUCGAAUAGACAAGGACAAAGCUGAAUUAUUACGUAUUCGUCGUGAAAGUGAAAAACGCAUGGAAGCGCCCGAAAAAACUUUACGUCGUUUGAAUACAAUCUAUGAACAUUUAAUACAACAACGUUCGGAAUAUCUUAAACGAAUUAAAUAUACUUUACCACAACCACCUGAAACAUAUUUACGUAUUAUCCUUGGCAGUGAAUUGCCUGUAUCGAUUUUAGACAAAUCUCAACAGUGGAAGUAUAAAGAAAAAUAUGAACAAUUUAAAUUACGUAUUACAUUAAUUAUUAUGAUUAUAUCAUUGUUAAUGUCAACAGUACUACCAGUAAAUCGUGCACUUGAUGCUAUUUUUCAUUUUCUCCUUGUUUGGUAUUAUUGUACGUUGACAAUUCGUGAAUCUAUACUCAUUGCCAAUGGUUCAAACAUACAAUUCUGGUGGCGUUUACAUCAUUUUAUAUCAACCAUAUGCUCAUCAAUUAUGCUUCUAUGGUCAUCAACACAAUCCUAUAAAUUAUUUCGACAACAACAUUAUCUAUUUUGUUUAUAUAUUAGUUUUGUUCAAGUUCUUUUAUAUUAUUAUCAAAAAGGUCUUCUUUAUCGUAUGAGAGCUUUAGGUGAUUCGGAUGAAUUACAAAUAACAAUUGAAGGUUUUCAUUCAUGGAUGUUACGUGGACUUUCGUUUCUAGCACCAUUUCUAUUCUUGGGAUAUUUAUUUCAACUCUAUAAUGCUUAUAUUCUCUAUAAUCUAUCAAAAGAUUCCAACGCUGAACCUAAUCAUGAUGGACAUUUGAUGUUACAGGUUCUUACCAUAAUAUAUUUGAUUCUUUUUCUUGGUAAUUUUCUAACAAUGUAUAUGGUUAUUCGACGUAAAAUUCGUGAACGUAUUGCCGAUAUUCAAUGGUUAAAACAUCGAUAUGAAAGUGUGAUAACAUUAAUAAAUCGCGUUCGAUCAGUUAAAUUAGUUCCAAAAUAA